AUGUUCCGUGUUAUAUUCAUUUUAAUUCUUGCAGCCAGAGUUUUGUACUCCUCAAACCUUGAUUGCCGCGACAAUUCUCUCAGAGUUGAAGAUUUCAAAAGAGUUUCCGGUGGAGGAAUUGUUGCUUCCUCUUGGUUUUCACCGUACUCAGAUUUUGCGCCAUGUCAAGGAAGAUUAAACAACCAGAAAGGAACAUGGUGUUCGAAUCGGCCAGAAAAAGACCCCAGACCGUAUCUUCAGGUCGAGCUUCCUCAGCGAACUCGAGUUUGCGCAGUAGCCACACAAGGAUCAUCUCUAUAUGCAACUGACUACGUAACAAAAUUUGAAAUCCAAACCUCGCUGGAUAAGAGAAACUGGGUAACAUACAAAGAAAAUGGCACGAACAAGAUUUUUAAAGGUAACACUGACGCAAAUUAUAAGCUAAAAACGAACCUCGGUGAACCAGUUCUGGCCAUGUUUGUCCGGUUUGUUGUCAGAGAAUAUAACAACUGGCCGUGCAUGCGCGUUGAGGUCUACGGAGAACCAACUUAUUGCACUGUGAAAACAAAGGACAAUGAAUGUUGUGUGUUCCCAUUCAUGUUCAAAGGAGAGAGAUACUUCACAUGCAUAUCAUACUCGUUUGGCAGAAAAUGGUGUGCGACAACACCCGACUAUGACAAAGAUGCCAAAUGGGGAAAGUGCUGAGCUUUUCUAAUCAAGAAAACUAAAGUAAAGAGCAAGAGGCCGAUGCACUUGCAGUUUCUACAUUUGAAAGAAGAAAACAUUAUUUUUAGAUAGCCUUGUAGCUUUGAAAAGCGUCUUACAUCAUACGUAGGUUUAUCAUUUCAAACACGUAAAGCAAGAGAAUAUGUAUUUAAUAAACA